AUGGAGGUCCCGACUACUCAAAAGGCAGCCGUCAAGCAGGCCGCAAAUGGCAUUUGCGGCCACGAAGGUGCAGGCACUGUCGUAGCCGUGGGCUCCAACGUCAAGGACUUCUGGCAAAUUGGUAACCGCGCAGGCAUCAAAUGGGUCACGUCUAUAUGUCACAGAUGCGAGUUUUGCACAAAUGGGCAGGACGAAUGUGCUUGUCCAAAGCAGCAGAAUAGUGGCCAAUAUUGUGUCACAGACGGCCGAUACGCGACCAAGAUUCCCGACGGCGUCAAAGACGAAGAAGCAGGACCCAUCAUGUGUGGUGGCGUGACGGCGUACGUGGCAUGCAAAAGAAGUAAUGUCCGUCCGGGACAGUGGGUAGUGAUUCCAGGCGCUGGAGGCGGCCUUGGCCAUUUUGGCAUACAAUACGCAAAGCACAUGGGCAUGCGUGUCAUCGCCAUUGAUGGUGGUGACACCAAACGCGAUCUUUAUUUCACAACAUGCGCCGAUAUCACGUCCAAGGUUUUGAAGACGACGCAGUAUGGUGCUCAUGGCAUUCUUGUCUUUCCCUCAACAAAUGCUGCGUACGAAUCUGCGCCGCAUCUGCUCAGGCCCGGUGGUACCAUGGUGUGCAUGGGAAUUCCAAAGAAUACCAACUUUGUGGUGGGUGCAACACCGGCGCUGUUGUGCGUAAAGAAAUUGAAUGUUGUAGGCAGUAUAACAGGGACCCUGAAAGAGGUUGAAGAGGCUCUCGAUUUCACGGCCCGAGGGCUUGUGCAUCCUGUCCUGACGUACGGUGGACUGGAGGAUCUCGAUAGGUUAUGUGCGGAUAUGCGCGCUGGAAAGCUUGUUGGACGAGCGGUUAUUAAAGUUGCUUCAUAG